AUGGAACCAGAGUUUUUGGGACAAGGAUAUGGAAGCUUUGAAGAGUUGUACGACACUCAUCAUAGUGUGAUUCUUGAUGGCAAGGUUGUGUUGAUCGGGCAGAAAUGUGAGUUUUUGAAAAAAUAUGAAUCUGAAAACACAUUUUCAGACGUCGAUCAAAAAGCACACAAUUGGGGACAUCGAAUUGCUUACGCUGGAACUUAUCUUCUCACUUUCGAUCCAGAAACUAAAGAAUGGACCAAGAAAGAGGUGAACUUCAGAAUCUACUAGAAAUUUAGAGAGAUUUUUUGAAAAUUCUCAAUUCAGAAAAAAAUCAUAGAUAGUUUGAGCAAAAUCUAGUUUUUUUUUUCCAGUUCGAUCAACUUUCCGACAAAGAAAACUACAACGAGAUCAUCUUCACCGCCAACAACAAACUCUUCAUCCUUCUUGUCACCAACUUUGGUGCAAUUCACUUCGAACGUCUUUUCGAAUGGACUGGAUCUUCUUGGUUCGAAUUAGCCAUGCAAAGAAAUGUUGAAAAAGUUGAACAAGAUCCAGCAAUGAAUGUUUAUUGUUAUCACAUGCCUGGAACAACAUCCGAUGGCAAAAGUGUUUUCGUUUUCACUGAUCAAGAUGGAGCUUAUCAAGUUUACACAUUGGACACUCAAACAAUGCAAGUUGAUCAUGCUCAUACAGUUUCUGCCGAGAAUAAUCAUAUGGUUAGUUGAAGAUGAUGUGGAAUUUGAAAUUUUUAAUUUAUUUUCAGCGCGGAAAAGUGAUCACUGGAGCAGUUCAUGGAAACAAAGCUCUCCUCAGUAUCGGAGUCAGCCAAUGUGCAUUCCGCUGGCAAAAUCAAACAUUCACCCUCGUCAAUCUCGAAACCAACACCAGCGAAGAAAUCAAUAUUGAAGGAGAAUGGACAACAUUGCCAAGAUAUUGUUACUCUGGACCAUCUGCGGUUACAGUUAACCCAGAAACUGGUUCGUGGAUUCUUGCUGCUGGUGUACUUCAAGUUGGAAUGUGUGACAGUGAAUAUUAUGGUGCUGUUUGGGCGUUGAAAAAUGCGUUUGAGUCUGCGGGGAAUGAAUGGAAGGAAGUUCCAGGAACUGUUCCGGAAGGUAUCACAAUUGCUGAUGGUGUUAAUAUUUAUACUGUCACCAAGGAACAAGUCACUAAAAUUAUUUUGGAAUCUGAUUUGUAA